AUUGAAUCAUAUUUCGAAUACAAUGUUUUUUGACGGAUUUGCGAAUUUCACAUUAUACCCAUAAUUGUUGUGCUAUGCAUGGCAUAAAAAGCUUUCUUAAACAUCUGACCAGAGCUAAGUUAGAGUAUGUUAAAGAGUGCUCUCACGGUCUUACGGUAUUGAUGUGUAGCUUUUGCACUCGUAGAUAAACACAUACAUGCGUAUAAGAGUGUUUAGUUUAGAAUCGGUAACGAGUAUUUAAACUCAGUGGUUGUGUCUGUAGGAGAACAAGUUUGCCGCUAAAUGCGCAACGAAUAAACUUUCAGCGAACAGCUGCUCAAGACUAAUGUGGACUGGCCCCGGAAUGUAAUAGCGAACAAAACAUGCUAUCACUCUCACAGUAGCUAGACAGCAAUGAAAUGAAAGAAUUAAGCUUUCAACGCAAAACUUGUUCUCCAGACGUUACUAAACGAAAAAUGGAAGUAAAUAAAAAGCUAGAAAGACGUCUAGCGAGUGAAAAUUUUUAACAUUUAGAACGAACAGCCAAGUGCAGAAAUUGGAAAACACAACAAAACCAAAUAAAUAUGUACAUGCACAAGUUGGAUGAAUGAGCGUCCGGCGAGGCCCGAGAAUUGUGACCACACGUCCAACAGUUCAGUCAGCUUUAUGAAAGUGUCGCAAAAGGUUCGAGUGCAUUAAUUUUUGAUAAAGAAUUCAAACUUUUUUGCUACACCUAUAUUACAAGGCGUAUUAGCACCGAAAUAAACUUAGCGAUAAAAUAACUAUCAAGUACAAGCCGAAAACAGCAACUAUUUCUACAUAUAUACCCACAUUGUAUGUACAUAUGCAUGAGUGCAUUUAUGUUUUUAUCCAUUACCUGUGUUGAAAGACAUUUGUGUUGAAGCUAGUGAAAAGGUGAAAAGGGCGAAUCAAAUAGUCUGAAUAUGGAGCGUAUAUUGCGUGGUGUUAUGCGUUAUCGGAACACGACACGCGAACAGAUGGUAAAGGAAUUCCAAAAAGUUCGUGAUCAUCCUGAGCCCAAGGCCGUUUUCUUCACUUGCAUGGACAGUCGUAUGAUCCCAACCCGCUACACAGAUACGCAUGUCGGCGAUAUGUUUGUAGUGCGUAACGCUGGAAAUGUGGUGCCGCAUGCCCAACACUUUCAGGAUGAAUACUUUAGCUGCGAACCGGCAGCACUAGAAUUGGGCUGUGUCAUCAACGAUAUACGUCACAUUAUUGUGUGCGGUCAUAGCGAUUGUAAGGCAAUGAAUCUAUUAUAUAAACUACAGGAUGAAGAAUACUCAUCACAAUUAAAUAGACGUCUGUCGCCGCUACGUUCCUGGAUGUGGACACACGCUAACAGCAGUCUUGAACAUUUCAAAACCUGGAGAAAAGAAGGCAUGAAAGGUCCUUUGAUAUUCUCUUCUGAAACACCUUUACGUCGGUUUGUUGCUUACAUUGAUUCGGAAAAUAAAUUUGCCAUAGAAGAUAAAUUGUCGCAGAUCAAUACGUUACAGCAAUUAUCGAAUGUGGCUUCGUAUGGCUUCUUAAAACAACGACUUGAAUCGCAUGAUCUCCAUAUUCACGCAUUAUGGUUUGAUAUUUACACUGGCGACAUUUAUUAUUUCAGUCGUGGUGCUAAACGUUUCGUUCCGGUCGAUGAGAGUACAGUUGGACGGCUGACAGACGAAGUGCGUCGGUAUUACUCAUGACGACCGUAAUAUUAAGAUAAUACCAAUAUGCAUGUAGGUGGGUACGAAAAUACAUAUAUUUAUCAACAAAUGAAUGUUGACUGUGAUAGGAAUCUGAAUAAGUUGCAUUUAAAUGCAGCACCAAAUAAUACUAGCCAAAUUUUUGAAUUUACAAGUUUUUUUAAUUUUCUAUACCGUAUCAUAUAUAAUAAAUGCGGGUAUGUAUGUAUAUGUAAGUAUGUAAGUGUUAGUGCAUUAUGAAAUUAAUUGCGUUUAAUUGAGAAUUGAUCAGAAAUUACCUCUAGAAUACAUAUAUAUUCUUCAAAUAUAUAUUUUUAAGUAAUAAAUAAUAAUAAUAAUAAGUCGUAUAGUUGUAAAAAUGAUUUAUUAUUCGCUUAUAAUAAUGUAAAGAUAGCAUAUUGUAAUAGCUUUGCACACCAUUAUUGUAACUAUAAAAAUAUGUGGCAUAUAUGUAUGUAUGUAUAAAGACAUUUCUGUACUGUAAACUUUAAAUAUAUAUAAUAAAGCGUUCAAAUUUUUAUUAAAUUU